GGGGCUGGAGAAGUUGUCGGUGCGGGGGGUGGGGAGGUGAUGGCGCCGCCGCCCUACUCGGAGUUUUCGUCGCAUUUUGGAUCGCUUCAAGAGUGUGAGGUCGUCGUGGACUAAGCGAGGCAGCGUACCAUCUUGGCAAGGCAAAGAUGCUGUUCAUCGAAGUACAUUCCGCGAAACCAGCGCGACAGAUGGACAUCAGAGACAUGUUGAGAUGAAACAUGAUCGGUAACACGCGACAGAAGCAGAAUGAAGUCACAAGCAGCGCGAGGUUCUUUGCCACUUGGGCGUUCACGAACUCUCUCCGUGCCAUGCAGGGGUGUUUCAUUAUUGUCUUUUGGGGGACGUUGCCAUAACGUU